AUGGUGCCCCGGCGAAGAUUCAGCCGCCGAUACCUCGCUAUCGCCGCCAUAACCGCCCUCUUCUUCCUCUACCACUUCGCCCAAUCCACACCACACCAGUCCCGAUUCCGCUACACAGCAACCAGAACAAAAUACUCCAAUGGCGAAAACACAGGCGAACCACAGCCCAUCUGCCCCCCACUCCCAGGCAUCGAUGAUGUCCUCGUGGUGAUGAAAACAGGCGUCACAGAAGCCCGCGACAAAGUCCCCAUCCACUUCUCCACAACCCUCCGCUGCAUCCCCCACUACGUAAUCUACUCCGACUUCGAAGAAGAAAUUGAAGGCGUCACAAUCCACGAUGCCUUCCGCACAAUGGAUCGCAGCGUAACCCAACAAAUCCCCGAUUUUAACCUCUACAACCGCCUAAAGAUCUCGGGCCGCGAAGGUCUCGAACAAGGCGACUUCGCAGACGAAGCCAACUCCGCCAUCGGCAAACCCAACAACCCGGGCUGGAAACUCGAUAAAUGGAAAUUUCUCCCAAUGGUCCAGGAAGCAUACGCUCACAAGCCCGACGCUAAAUGGUUCAUCUUCAUGGAAGCCGAUACCUAUAUCUCCUGGCCAACGGUAUUAGCGUGGCUCGCACGGUUCGACCCCAAAGAACCAAUUUAUCUAGGCACCGAGACGCAGAUUGCGGAGACGAUCUUCGCGCACGGUGGCUCGGGCUUUAUGCUUUCGAAUCCGGCGCUGAAGGCUGCUGCUGAUGCAUAUGAGGCUCGGCGCGCGGAGCUGGAUGAGUAUACGAAUGGGCAUUGGGCGGGUGAUUGUGUGCUUGGUCGGGUGCUUGCGGAUGUGGGUGUGGAUUUACAUUUCUCGUGGCCUAUCUUGCAGAAUUCGAACCUAGGCGAGCUAGAUGAGUUCACUACGGAUCUAUACCGGCUGCCGUGGUGUUAUCCUGCUGUUGCGUUCCAUCAUCUUUCAUCGAGUGAUAUUGAGAGAUUGUGGAAAUUCGAACAGAAUCGUUGGCAUGAAAAAAAUAAAAAUAUCCUUCUUCAUAGUGAGGUCUUUCGUGAAUGGCUGUAUCCUGAAAUGGCUAGCAAGCCUACGAGAUUGAAUUGGGAUAAUUUUUCAGAUGAGGAUCAGCCAUUUGCUACUACCUUUGAAGACUGUCGUGAGGUCUGCGACAUCCAGAAAACUUGUGUACAGUUCUCCUUCCGCGAUGGUACCUGUUUCACGGGCAGUAGACCCCGUCUUGGUAUCUCGCGACCUGGAGGUAAUGCUGCUUCUGGAUGGCUGCCGAGUCGCAUCCGAGACAUGAUGGAUGCUAGUGGGUUUUGUCGGGCUCCUGAGUAUGGUGACUGA